AUGAACAUAAAAUCUACAAAUAUUUGCAUAAGUAAUGAAUCUGUCGUAAAUCCAAUCUCUGCCCGUUACAUUAUCUCCCGGCGUGGUACUCAACUGGUAUUUUAUAAAUACAACACGUAUACACCAAACUCAAAAUUAAAACCCGAAUCUCGAAGCCGUGACUGGAAGUGUUCCAUGUAUCAUAAGGCCAAGUGCAAAGCUAGAUUAGUUACCAAACUAACUUCGAACGGUGAUAUUAUACAUGUAACCUCAUCUGUCCACACCCAUGAGCCCAUGUUUCCAGUAGUCUAACUAACGAUCUAAUGAUAUUAUGUUAUUGUCCACAUUCAUACGUACAAUGACAAACGUGUCCUGUUUAUAGAUGUAAGACGUGAUUUUCGAAAUGAACAACGUAGAAUCAAUAAAGACAUUUUGCCCAUUGUGAAAAUUGAAACGAAACCUUCUCUUGCAGCGGCCAUGCAUACAAAUCGUG